GAGGAUGUUACCGAUCCCAAAUCUCCAGAAGAGGAGAAGAGGAACCACUGCCUGUCUGAGCCUGCAGAUGGUUACAACACAGUGAAGAGCGUUCUCACCGUCCAGGAAUAUUUUGCCAAGCGCAUGGCAAAACUGAAGGGAUCCCCAAAUGAAGCAGAAACAAAGGUGGAUGACUCCUGCCCAGCAGCUGAUGAAGGUUUGGAGCCUUCAGAAGAACUAGAAACCAAAGCCAAAAAGAAAAAGAAGAAGCAGAGGAGAGAUGAGGCAGAGAGUACAGAACGUUGUGAGAAACCCAAAGUGAAGCAAUCUAAGAUAGGGAGCUUGAAUGGAAAGGAACUGGACGCUUCAUUAAAUGAGUGUCACUCGGGGAAAAAGAAAAGGAAACAUAAAGAGGGGAAACACGAUGAGGAAAACAUCAGUUGUGAUGAAAAUACGGGCAAUGGAGAAGUUUAUACAGGAACAUCUGAUGGGGAAGAUCUCAGCGUGAAGGACUGUGAGGCAAAGCAAAAGAAACGCCGUAAGAAGAAACACAAAAGGCAAAAAGAGGAGACAGACGAGUGUAUCGAAGGAGCGCAGAGAAAGAAAAAGAAGCACUGCAAGAGCAUUUAA